AUGGUGAGUGAAUCAAAUUCAAAUCUGCCUCAGGAACUAUUAGAGGAUAUACUCUCAAGGCUUCCUUACAAAUCCUUAUCGCGAUUCAAGUGUGUCUGCAAGUUCUGGUACACUCUCUUCACCGAUCCCAUCUUCCGAGCCCUUCACCUCUCUCAUUUCAUCAAACACCACGCCUUCAAUGAUAGUGUGUUCCUCAGGCUCUCUUUCCCCACUACUUCCUAUGGCUUCUACAUGCAAAACUACAAACUCUUUUCCCUCUCUAACAACGAUUCUUCUAUUGAUGAUACCUUCUUGCCCAGAGUCAAACUUCUUUCCACGAAAUUCAGAAUUUCGGGUCACUCGACCAGGGAAUUCAAAUGCCUUCCUGAUUCAAACAUGCUGUCCAAAUCCUCGUUUGCUUUAGCUGUUGGAUUGGGAUAUAAUUCUAUAACCGAUGAUUACAAGGUUGUGAGGAUUUGGUCUGUGGAUACUGGUGUGUACACCACGAAUCGUAUGGAGGUGUAUUCUCUGAGCACUGAUUCAUGGACAAGAAUGUACAAUAGCAACACUAGGGAUUUUGAUUUUGCUGAUGAUUGUUUCGCCUUGUUCUUCAAAGGAACGUAUUACUGGUGGGGUUUCAGACGCGGAGACAAGUCGACAAUUAUCCUAGCACUCAGAACUGGGGACGAGAUUUUCCACAAAGUGUCUGCGCCAGAUAACGUGGAUAUCAGCAAACCUGAGGGUAGAUCUUUAGCUGAGUGGAAGGAAUCACUCUCUUUGAUUUGCUGUUCUGGUUUUGGCCUGAACAUGUCGAUUGACAUAUGGGUGAUGAAAGGAUCUGGUGCUCAGGAUUCAUGGACCAAGAUGCAGAGUGUGACAAGUCUUCUAUUAGAAGAACCUAAACCUUUGGUUUUCUGGAAGGGAGAUGAACUUCUUUUGGAAACGUGUGGUGGGGAGAUUAAGUCUUAUAACGUUGUUACUCAGAAGAUUAAGAAUUUGAAGAUAGAAGAUCGCCCGGUUCUGCACUCUGUUCAAGCCGUAAACUAUGCGGCCACUCUGGCUUCGAUCAAGGGGGGCACUUGCCUCACGUGA